UCCCGCAUCCAAGGAAUUGGACAAUUGGGCAUACGAGUUCCCGAACCACUAAAGGAUCCGCUAUUGCCUCGGAUCAACUCCAGCAAAAGCUUGUACCACAAAGAGGACUCAACAUCUGGCUCGGAGCACAACUGGCUCUUGGGAAAGAUUAGCUCCAGAACUCCCCGAUCGAUCGGACUAAAGGGAAGGGCUGAUCAGGGACUCAGAAAUCGGAACACAAAAGCGUCAUAUAUGAGGAGACAUCUGAGAGAUGUUUACUUGGAUUUGAGCUCUGAGCUCGAGGGAAAGAUUCCUGAACUCGGGAAAGUAAGGACCGGGGCUUCCCACACAGCUGAUGACAAGGACUCUUUCCUAUUGUUUCCUGUACCAAAAACGGAUUACCCAAGCCCUGGCUUUACUCCUAAUAAAAGCCGGCGAAAAGGAACUUCACCAGCCUUUCAGGAGGCCAUCUACGGAAUCGUCUUCUGCUCCUAUCUACGCAAUUCUCUGUCUUCGUUCGUGAUCAUGUUGGGCGAAAGGUGCCAAAAGGAAAGGCGAAGGGAGUGGAUACCGGCCCUACGCUAUCCGGAAAAAAAAGCACUACGCCCUUUAGCUUCAGUGGAAGACUCACUCGCUCAGUUGGUC